UGGGUUUCCUCGGAAGAUGGUAGCAAAACAGAGGAUCCGAAUGGCAAAUGAGAAACACAGCAAAAAUAUCACACAGAGGGGCAACGUGGCGAAGACACUGCGACCACAGGAGGAGAAAUACCCAGUAGGUCCAUGGCUUCUGGCGCUCUUCGUAUUUGUCGUUUGUGGAUCAGCCAUCUUCCAGAUCAUCCAGAGCAUCCGGAUGGGGAUGUGAACCCGCCGCCUCAGCGGAGCGAGUCUCUCCUCUGACCACCAGGGGGAAGGGCGGCUGUGCACCAGGACACAGCGGAGGCCUGGAGGUUUACAGGGUCCUGGGACAGCAAGCAAGCCAGAGGGGGGAUGGGAGAUGGGGGUCCUCGUUCAUGACAUCAUUUUCCAUUCAGCUGGUGGGACAGAAUUAGCCUAAUGCAGUCUGGGGUUGGGCUACUCACACAGUCACCCCAGGCACCCAGGUGUAAUCAGUGAGAUACACCUCUUCUGCAGCUGGGCUGGCAUUUCCACUGUCUCUUGUAGAGCUCUGUAGCCUGUAGGGUGUAAGUGAGCGUUAGCACAUUAGCUCUCUCCUGUAGAGCUCUGUAGUCUGUAGGGUGAAAGGGGGCAUUAGCACGUUAGCUCUCUCCUGGAGAGGUCUAUAGCCUGUAGGGUGAAAGGGGGCAUUAGCACGUUAGCUCUCUCCUGUAGAGCUCUGUAGUCUGUAGGAUGUAAGGGGGUGUCUGGCACGUUAACGCUCUCCUGUAGAGCUCUGUAGCCUGUAGCAUGAAAGGGGGCAUUAGCACGCUAGCUCUCUCCUGUAGAGGUCGGUAACCUGUAGCAUGAAAGGGGGCAUUAGCACGCUAGCUCUCUCCUGUAGAGGUCGGUAGCCUGUAGAGUGUAAGGCGUUGUUAGCUCUCUCCUGCAGUGCUCUGUAGCCUGUAGGGUGUAUGGGGGCUGUCCAGACACACCCGAGUGGUUUGCUAUUCAUCAGAGGCAGAGAGGUGGCGGUUCAGGGGGCAUGUCCAACCGUUUCUAUGAUGGCAUUAGCAAGACAUCGGCAGGCGAUUGCAAAAACAAGAACGGAGGGAAGCAAAGCCCUUGCUGGUUGUGUGUUGCUACGGCCGCUAACCAAGUUGGCCGCGAACCAGCCAUGUUUUUUUUGUUUCAAAAUUCUCUGCCACAAGCAUCUCGUUGACAAUAAUAGUGGCUGUUGUGAUGCUCUCUGGCUCUCGGAUGUGCUCAUGCAGCGAUGACUCGACAGGAGAAAUCGCCAAUUCCACAUGAGGGAUGAAAAGGGGAACAUUUAUUUUAAAACAUCUGUCAUGCUGAAGGAUGAGGGAGCGUUUUCCUACAGACUCCUAAUUUCUGAUCAGAUGGCAUGGACUCUUUUUUUACACGUCCAGAACACUCACCUUGUCCAACAUCUGUUCAUGGCGAUUUAAGUUGACCGCUGAAUAUGUGCCAAACACAGUUUGUAUAUAUAUGCUCGUCACAGGAGAAACAUUUUUUGAAUAAAGGUUAAACAUUUUUGA